ACUCAGGUGGAUUCCUCUCUAUAUUAUUAUUAAUCAAACGUUUGUGUUUAUAAUCAUUAUAUUUGGGGUAUAAACCAGGCAUAUUAUAAACCCCGUGGUUCCUGAUGCAUCACUGCGCUGCUUUCACUGUUAAGUCAAAGCAUCGAAGUGAAACCGGUGUCUUUUCUUACACUGGGAAAGGUUUUUUUUUUGUUUUUUUUAACAGUAAAGUAUCUACUUGUUUAUUGGCUUCGAAAACCAACGCACGUUCACCACUUUUAAGUCGUGCGCUUGCGCGUAACGACACCGGGAGCUGUCCAAGUGCUGAAAUCGAAAAAACAAAAAUAGGCGUUACUCUCUCAUUCCACAACAGAAGACGGAGCUUCAGCUGCGAAGUAGUUCACUCCAGGAGCCAACACGGUGGUCUUCACAGAGACGGCGUCCACCUCAGAUCCACGUCCGUGCCAAUAAGUGAUGCGUUUUGGAGUUGUUCACCUUUUCGACGUCUUCCACCGUCAGCGCAGAGCUGAUGGCUCCUCACACCUCCGUCAGGGCGCCGCUCCGGAGAGUCAGAGUUUGACCAAAGUAAAACUAUGAUCUGUGCUGGCGUUGAGGAAUGUCUCCUGUGGUUUUGUGUGGCACAAGAACACACAAACGCCCACGAGCUGCUCGGGAGGAAAGCGGAGUCCCUCCGUGGAUUAUGUGUUUGACCGAUGUAAACAUAAACGUAAGGAAGACAUUAGAAAAGUGAGCACAUGGGAAAACCACCGGGAAUGAGUCGCUCCUUCUUCAGGGUUCUGCUAGCUUUAUUGACAUGUUUCAUGGCGACGCACAACUUCAGAGUUGUGAAUGCAAAGGAGCACGAGUCCAGAUCCUCCUCCAUGUCUCCGUCAGACUUUCUGGACUCCCUCAUGGGUCGCACGUCCGGAUACGACGCACGAAUAAGACCCAAUUUUAAAGGUCCACCAGUUAAUGUUACCUGCAACAUAUUUAUCAACAGCUUUGGUUCUAUAGCAGAAACUACAAUGGAUUACAGAGUGAACAUCUUCCUCCGCCAGAAGUGGAAUGACCCUCGGCUGGCGUACAGCAAAUACCCAGACUCCUCCCUGGACUUGGACCCGUCCAUGCUGGACUCCAUAUGGAAGCCUGACCUUUUCUUUGCCAACGAGAAGGGAGCCAACUUCCAUGAUGUCACCACUGACAACAAGCUGCUGCGGAUCUUCAAGGAUGGGACUGUCCUGUACAGCAUCAGGUUAACUCUCAUUCUGUCCUGUCCAAUGGAUUUGAAGAACUUCCCCAUGGACGUCCAGACCUGCACGAUGCAGUUGGAAAGCUUUGGCUACACCAUGAACGACUUGAUCUUCGAGUGGCUGGAGGACGGGGCGGUGCAGGUGUCCGAGGGUCUCACGCUGCCUCAGUUCAUCAUGAGGGAGGAGAAGGAGCUGGGCUACUGUACCAAACACUACAACACUGGAAAAUUUACCUGCAUCGAAGUGAAGUUCCACCUGGAGCGACAGAUGGGCUACUAUCUAAUCCAGAUGUACAUUCCUUCCCUGCUGAUUGUCAUCCUCUCAUGGGUGUCUUUCUGGAUUAAUAUGGAUGCUGCUCCAGCCAGAGUGGCACUGGGCAUCACCACUGUGCUAACCAUGACCACGCAAAGCUCUGGCUCCAGGGCAUCUCUUCCAAAGGUGUGA